GGCAAAAUUAUUAAUAUUCACUACUCCAUUGUUACCGGUAGUGCCAAUGUCCAUUGUUGUAUAGAUUGUUGCCAAAUGCCUUGAGGGGUUCCUUUCCACUUGGUCUUCAGAGACGACACGAUUCUUAUCCAACAUGUCUAAAUCAGCCGUCGACACCAACCCGGAGUCGGCCGACGAAAAGCCCGUGGCCCUCGUGCGCGGCGGCCAGGUCGACGCCGAAGUCGCCCACAACUAUGUCAUCGAACCGGCUGCCGAGGCCCGACUCAGGCGCGUGCAGGACCUCCGGGUGCUCCCCAUGGUGUUCCUCAUGUAUUUCUUCACCUUCCUCGACCGGACCAACCUUGGCAACGCCAAGGUGGCCGGCAUGGAGGCGGACCUGGACCUGGGGACAUACGGCUUCAACAUCGGCGCCUGCCUGUACUACGGCGUCUACUUUUUCGCCGACAUACCGGCGUCGCUGAGCGUCAAGCGCUUCGGCAACGUGGUGUUGCCGUUGAGCUGCGUCUUGUUCGGAAUCGUGACCUUGGCUACUGCUUUCAUCACCAACCAGGCUGGCUUCUACACCAUGAGGAUUCUGUUGGGCUUGACUGAGAGCUUCCAGUUCCCCGGGCUGAGCUAUGUCGUUUCUAGGUACUACCGCCGCAGCGAGGUCACCACUAGGGUGGCGUUCUUUAUGCUCGUCGCCGCGGGACUUGCUGGUGGGUUCGGAGGGCUGCUUGCUUCCGCCUUGUUGUCUGUUGGGAGUAUCGGGAGCGUGUCGUCGUGGCGGAAUAUAUUUCUCGUCGAGGGCAUAAUCACCAUCGGCGUCGGUCUCGUCUCCAUCUACCUCUUCCCAGCCGACCCAUCCAAAACUCGCAUCUUCAACCCGGAGCAGCGCGCUCUCGCCAUGGCGCGUCUGUUCCACGACCAGCCGGCGAUCCGCGACCACAAGGAAAAGAUCACAUGGUCCUUGAUCAAGCGCGGGGUGCUAACGCCCAACGUCCUGGCCGGGGCGUGGAUCUACACCUGCAACCAGGUCAGCGUGCAGGGCCUGUCCAUCUUCACCGUCACCAUCCUGCGGCUCAACUACCCGGGCCUCAGCACCGUGCAGAUCCAGCUGCUGUCGGCGCCCCCGCCCAUCGCCGGCGCGGCCUUUGCCCUGUGCAUGGCCUACGUCGCCAUGAAGACGCGCAGGCACGGGUUGGUCAUCGCCGCGUGCGCCGGGCUCAACGUCGUCGGGUAUGGAAUCUGGCUGGGGUCGUCGAAUCCGCAGGUUAGGUACGCGGCGAUAUUCUUAAACACGGGAGGUGGGUUUGCGUUUGGCGCGCUGGUCCUCAGCUGGACGUUGGCUAAUGCCGCGCCGGAUACGGUCCGCAAUGUGGCGAAUGCUGCGGUGUCUGGUCUGGCGAAUAUUGGUUCCAUCGCCGCGACGUGGAGCUACAUCAACACGGACGCCUCGACGGGAUACCGGAUUGGAAACAGCCUGAACACGGCGACGGCAUCGUCCGUCAUCUUUGCCGCGCUGGGGUUGAUGCUAUACCAGCGUUGGGAGAAUAAGAAGCGGGACCGUGGUGCGCGCGAUUACAGGUUGCAAGGCGAUCAGAUGCGCGUCGCUACUUUGGGUCAUCUUCAUCCCGAAUUUAGGUAUAUUCACUAGGUGAGAGAGGUGUGGUUUUAUGUUGUGGAACUGGGAUGAGGGCGAGAAAUCAAUUGAGGAUAACAGGGAAUCCUGGAGAUCCUGGGUUAUGGGGGAGAAGUGUCAAAGAUGAUUGAUUAGUGUCGUAUGUCAACUUGAUUUCCAGGGUAAAGCUAGAAGAACAUAGAAGUGGUUUAUGA